GAGACAGAGAUCCGCAGAGCUGGAGCGAUCUUCCCACGACCGAACCGCUACAGGACCUGAGACCAGUGCAUUAGACACGCAACCCCCUGCUGUGGGUUCCCUCUGCUGUCCGGUAACCAGGCCGCCAUGCUGACCGUCUGAUUAGCCGUCUGUGUGCCUGUCUGGAGGAACUGACCGUUAUUCGGUGUACUGGGCCGUUAUUCCGUGGAUGUAUGUCGACGCCUCUCGGUAUGAAAUGUCUGAACUAACAACUAUGAGGAAUCUGCUGCUCGUGUUUCUCCUAACUGUCAUCUGCUUGAGACGCGAGGCGCUCUGCGGUUCUCCCAGUGUUCAGAUCGGAGGGCUGUUCCCACGCGGUGCUGACCAGGAGUAUAGUGCGUUCCGGAUUGGAAUGGUCCAGUAUGGAACCCAGGACUUCCGCCUCACUCCUCACAUAGACAACCUGGAGGUUGCCAACAGCUUCGCUGUCACCAACUGCUUUUGUUCCCAGUUCUCCAGGGGUGUCUAUGCCAUCUUUGGAUUCUAUGACAAGAAGAGUGUGAACACCAUCACGUCUUUCUGUGAGACCCUCCACGUGUCCUUCAUCACACCGUCCUUCCCUGCUGAUGGACUCAAUCAGUUUGUCCUUCAGAUGAGACCCGACAUCAAGGGACCUCUGGUCAGCUUAGUGGAGUAUUACAAGUGGGACAAGUUCGCCUACCUCUAUGACAGUGACAGGGGUCUGUCCACCCUGCAAGUGAUCCUGGAUACAGCAGCAGAGAGGAAGUGGAUUGUAACAGCCAUCAACGUAGGCAACCUGAAGGAUGAGAGGAAGGACGAGGCAUAUCGCUCCAUGUUCCAAGACCUGGAGAUACGAAAGGAGAGGAGAGUCAUUCUGGACUGUGAACAAGACAAGGUUAAAGACAUCAUGGACCAGGUCAUCACCAUUGGCCGACAUGUUAAAGGAUACCAUUACAUCAUCGCUAACCUGGGCUUCGUUGAUGGUGACCUGUCUAAGAUCCAGUAUGGGGGAGCCAAUGUGUCGGGUUUCCAGAUUGUUGACUUUGAGGAGCCACUCGUCUCCAAGUUCGACCAGAGAUGGGAAGCACUGGAGGAGAAAGAGUACCCUGGUGCUGACAGCAGAAUCAGGUACACAUCAGCUCUGACUUAUGAUGCGGUCCAGGUUAUGACUGAAGCGUUCCGGACACUCACCAAGCAGCGGAUCGAUUUCAGUCGUCGUGGCAAUAACGGGGACUGUCUGGCCAAUCCAGCAGUGCCCUGGUCUCAGGGGAUGGAGAUAGAACGCGCUCUCAAACAGGUGCGUGUGGAUGGGCUGACAGGUAAUAUCCAGUUUGACCAGUAUGGUAAAAGAGUCAACUACUCCGUCAACGUGAUGGAACUGAAGAACACUGGACCAGUUAAGAUUGGCUACUGGAAUGAAGUGGACAAGAUGGUGGUGACUAAACUAGACAUCUUCCCCAACGACACUAAUGGGAUGGAGAACAAGACUGUUAUCGUCACAACUAUCCUGGAAGCCCCAUACGUGAUGCUAAAGAAGAAUGCUGAGUUGUUCCUAGACAACGACCGUUACGAAGGCUACUGCGUCGACCUGGCAGCAGAGAUCGCUAAGCACUGUGGGAUACGCUACCAGCUAAGGAUUGUGGGAGAUGGAAAGUACGGAGCUCGAGACGCUGAAACCAAGAUCUGGAACGGGAUGGUUGGAGAGCUGGUGUACGGGAAAGCAGACAUAGCCGUAGCCCCUCUCACUAUCACCCUGGUCCGAGAGGAGGUGAUCGACUUCUCCAAGCCAUUCAUGUCUCUGGGCAUCUCCAUCAUGAUCAAGAAGCCCCAGAAGUCUAAACCAGGGGUUUUCUCCUUCCUGGACCCGCUGGCCUAUGAGAUCUGGAUGUGUAUAGUGUUUGCCUACAUCGGUGUGAGCGUGGUGCUGUUCCUGGUGAGCCGGUUCAGCCCGUAUGAAUGGCACAUGGAGGAGUAUGAGGAUGGCCAGCUGCCCACCAGCGAGUCCUCUAAUGAGUUUGGGAUCUUUAACUCUCUGUGGUUCUCUCUAGGAGCCUUUAUGCAGCAAGGUUGUGAUAUCUCCCCAAGGUCUCUAUCAGGACGUAUAGUGGGUGGUGUGUGGUGGUUCUUCACUCUAAUCAUCAUCUCGUCCUACACGGCCAACCUGGCUGCCUUCCUCACUGUGGAGAGGAUGGUUUCUCCUAUAGAGGGAGCAGAGGACCUGGCUAAACAGACGGAGAUCGCCUACGGGACCCUGGACUCUGGCUCUACCAAGGAGUUCUUUAGGAGGUCGAAGAUAGCACUGUUUGACAAGAUGUGGCAGUACAUGAAGUCAGCGGAGCCGUCUCCGUUUGUGAAGAAGACGGCGGAGGGGGUGCUGAGAGUCAGGAAGUCCAAGGGGAAGUACGCGUACCUUCUGGAGUCCACCAUGAACGAGUACAUCGAGCAGAGGAAACCCUGCGACACCAUGAAGGUGGGAGGGAACCUGGACUCUAAAGGAUACGGCAUCGCUACGCCAAAAGGCUCCCCAUUAAGAAAUGCAGUGAACCUGGCCGUGUUAAAACUGAAUGAGCAGGGCCUGUUGGACAAACUGAAAAAUAAAUGGUGGUACGACAAGGGAGAGUGUGGCAGCGGAGGAGGAGAAAGCAAGGAGAAGACCAGUGCUCUGAGCCUCAGCAACGUAGCAGGUGUGUUCUAUAUCCUGGUUGGAGGGCUGGGUCUGGCCAUGCUGGUGGCCCUGGUGGAGUUCUGCUACAAGUCCCGGGCCGAGGCCAAGAGAAUGAAGGUGGCUCAGAACACACUGCACCUGGCUCAGAGCGCCCACAACCAGAACACCCUCCCCUCCUCCUCCUCCUCUCACAACUCACACAACUUUGCUACUUAUAAGGAAGGCUACAACGUGUACGGAAUGGAAAGUGUAAAAAUCUAG